AUGCAACUGGCGUUUAUAAUAAUAGAAUCAAGUGCACGCCGGCGUUGGUGUAUUUUUGAAUUUCCUUGUAAUUAUUUGCCGGAGAAUGAAAGAGGAAUCGUAAAUAGUUCGUUCUUAAAUUUACUUUUAUUAGAAUUAAGCUUGACUGUACUUCUGUUUAUGGCAUCUUAUUCCCCUUUUAUUCAUUUCACUUUGGAAUAUCAUGCACUUAGAACUGGCGAAAAGAAAAGUUUCACAUUUGAUCAUUCUUACUGGUCCCAUGAUGGCUUUACCGUUGAUGAAAAUGGUAUUCUCGUUCCCAACGGAGUGUCCUCCCGAUACAUAAGCCAAGAAAAUAUAUUUACUGAUCUUGGAAUUGGAAUCCUCAAAAAUGCUUCUGAUGGCUACAACUGUUCCUUAUUUGCAUAUGGACAAACAGGAUCAGGAAAGUCCUAUUCCGUUGUUGGCUAUGGCAAAAACAACAUAGCUUUUCUUAAAUCAUUUCCGUUUAUUCAUCAAUUCAUCUUUAUUUUUUAA